ACAGGCUACACAAAGAAAGAGAGGAUCUCAACAAAGACUUAAAUCUUAGAUCGCAGUAAUUGGUAAAAUACCUGGUUAGAGAUACCACACUAAAGAGGCAUCAUGUCGAUGGGACUGGAGAUCGGUGGGAUUGCCCUGGGCAUCAUUGGUUGGAUCAUUGGCAUCGUCGCUUGCGCUCUGCCCAUGUGGCGUGUGUCGGCCUUCGUUGGCGCAAAUAUCGUCACGGCCCAGGUCAUCUGGGAGGGUUUAUGGAUGAAUUGUGUCGUGCAGAGCACCGGACAGAUGCAAUGUAAGAUCUACGACUCCAUGCUGGCCCUGUCGCAGGACCUCCAGGCCUCACGAGCCAUGUCCGUUAUCGCCAUCAUCUUGGCAGUUCUGGGUGUGAUGAUCUCCGUCAUGGGCGCCAAGUGUACCAACUGUAUAGAGGAUGAAGCAGCCAAAGCAAAAGUUAUGAUCGUGGCCGGUGUCCUCUUCAUUCUCGCCGGCAUCCUGGAGCUCAUUCCAGCUGCUUGGGUGGCAAACCAAACCAUUCAGGAUUUCUACAACCCUUUGCUGGUCGCCGCUCAACAGAGAGAGCUCGGGGCUUCACUUUAUAUAGGCUUUGCGGCUGCUGCUUUGUUGCUGAUCGGAGGAGCGAUGCUGUGCUGUUCCUGUCCACCACAAGAAAAGAAGUACAAGCCACAGAGAAUGGGCUACUCCGCUCCACGUACUAACAACGCUGGAUUUGACAGGAAAGACUAUGUUCGCAUUGACCAUAGAGGGCAGGUGAAACUCACAGGAACCUGUAGCAAAUCUACCGUCAUCACUCUUAGGUCCUCCUCCACCUGCACCUGCCCUACUGGGAAUAUAAAGGCUGCUUGGCUUCACAGGCUACACAAAGAAAGAGAGGAUCUCAACAAAAGACUUCAAUCAAAGCUUAGAUCGCAAGGCAUCAUGUCGAUGGGACUGGAGAUCGGUGGGAUUGCCCUGGGCAUCAUUGGUUGGAUCAUUGGCAUCGUCGCUUGCGCUCUGCCCAUGUGGCGUGUGUCGGCCUUCGUCGGCGCAAAUAUCGUCACGGCCCAGGUCAUCUGGGAGGGUUUAUGGAUGAAUUGUGUCGUGCAGAGCACCGGACAGAUGCAAUGUAAGAUCUACGACUCCAUGCUGGCCCUAUCGCAGGACCUCCAGGCCUCACGAGCCAUGUCCAUUAUCGCCGUCAUCUUGGGGGUCCUGGCUGUGAUGAUCUCCGUCAUGGGCGCCAAGUGUACCAACUGUAUUGAGGAUGAAGCAGCCAAGGCAAAAGUUAUGAUCGUGUCCGGUGUCCUCUUUAUUCUCGCCGGCAUCCUGGAGCUCAUUCCUGCUGCUUGGGUGGCAAACCAAACCAUUCGGGACUUCUACAACCCUUUGCUGGUCGCCGCUCAACAGAGAGAGCUCGGGGCAUCACUCUACAUAAGCUUUGCGGCUGCUGCUAUGUUGCUGAUCGGAGGAGCGAUGCUGUGCUGCUCUUGUCCUCCACGAGAGAAGAAGUACAAGCCACAGAGAAUGGGCUACUCCGCUCCACGUACUACUAACAGCGGUGGAUAUGACAGGAAAGACUAUGUUUAAAACAUUGUUUCUUGAAGGGAAAAGAAGAAGGAUUCAAAGAUCUCUUACAUAGAGUAUCAUUUUGAGAGGACUCCGAAAUGAAGGGUCGUACGAUGCUGUCAAUAUCUGCUUCAUAAGGCUGGUGUGUGUAUUAAGGGCUGGUUUUGUGAAUUUAUGUGAAUCUCAGUCAUUUCAAGAGAGAGUUUGAUGUGUUUGCUAUGUGUAUAUCAUUCGCAUUUCAUUUUUUAUAUUUUUUUUAUUUGUUGUAUAAAUUUGACUGCUUUUUUGUUUCGUUUUUUUAAAGUUUAGCAUUUCAGUUGCAUCAGUUGUUUUUUAUACUGAUUACACAAAAUAAUAAAAGGUUUAACCGGUUAAGUAAGUUUUUUUUAAGCAAAGCUGUUUCAGAUCCAGUCUGAUGCCGUCUAUAUUAUGAUGUAAAUAUACAGGGAGGAAAACUCUUUACAUGUAUUUGUUUAUGAAAAUUUUACUUGACAUAGAUGAAUAAUUGUUCUUUUCAUUUGUAUCUCAGUCUGUACCUGCGUUGUCAAUUUAUUUAAGUAAAAUAAACGUUUUGUCCAACUGUUUCACAGUUUGUAAAUAGCUAUUUGUUCCAAUAAAAAAAAAAAAACGUUUUCAUUACAAUUGUAAUAUUGUCUGAUAUUUGUCCAUUUUUAUUAUU